GUAAGGAACGUGUUGUCAGUUAAACUCUUGCUGCACGAUUACUGGGAUGACUUUUGCUGGACACGAGGAGGAUCUAUUUCCUGCUGACGACGGUCUGUUUGCCGACACGUUUUCCGAAGACAGCGUGUAUAAAUUCUUCGGCCAAGAAGUAAAGAUCAGCCAGAAGUUCGGCGCAAACCUCGGCGUGGCUGCGCCGGUGUGGGACGCUGCUUUACAGCUCUGUCACUUCUUCGAACAACAGUCAUUUGAUUUAAGGGGAAAGCGUAUCAUAGAGCUUGGCGCAGGGACGGGCAUUGUUGGCAUACUGGCAGCACUCUUGGGAGCAGAUGUGACCCUUACAGACCUUCCUUUGGCUGUCCCACAACUUAAGGCUAACGUCUCUGCAAACAUGCCAAUUACUGGUUGGCCUUCAGUCACUCCAACUGUCCUUCCUUUAUCCUGGGGUCAGGACCAGCUCAGCUUCCCUUCUAACUGGGAUCUGGUGCUGGGUGCAGAUAUUGUGUAUCUGACAGAAACAUACCCACUGUUGCUGGAGACUCUCGUUCAUUUGAGCAAGAAUGGAGCUGUGGUGUUUCUCUCAUCCAAGAUGCGAAAAGAGCACGGGACUCCUGGUUUCUAUGAAGAGAACCUUCCAGAUAGAUUCCACGUGGACCUUGUGCGUUGUGAUGUCAAUCAGAAUAUCAACAUCUAUCAGGCUUCUCUGAGAAGAGAUUUAAAGGUAAAAUAAUUAAAAUUGUUCUCUAGCGACCACUAUCAGUGACCAGUAGGAAUUUCAAUACCAGCAACCUUGAGCAAUGCUGCCCUCCCUGCAAGUGACAAGUCUAACAGUAAUAAGGUCUCAC